AUGGAAGAGUUUGUCCAGAGCUCUGGAGAAAAUGGUAUUGUGGUGUUUUCUCUGGGGUCGAUGGUCAGUAACAUGUCAGAAGAAAGGGCCAAUGUAAUUGCAUCAGCCCUUGCCAAGAUCCCACAAAAGGUUCUGUGGAGAUUUGAUGGGAAUAAACCAGAUGCCUUAGGACUCAAUACUCAGCUGUACAAGUGGCUACCCCAGAAUGACCUUCUUGGUCAUCCCAAAACCAGAGCUUUUAUAACACAUGGUGGAGCCAAUGGCAUCUACGAGGCGAUCUACCAUGGAAUCCCUAUGGUGGGCGUUCCAUUGUUUGCAGAUCAACCUGAUAACAUUGCACACAUGAAGGCCAAGGGCGCAGCUAUUAGUUUGGACUUCAACACAAUGUCGAGUACAGACUUACUCAAUGCACUGAAGACAGUAAUAAAUGAUCCUUUAUAUAAAGAGAAUGCUAUGAAAUUAUCAAGAAUUCAUCAUGAUCAACCAGUGAAGCCCCUGGAUCGAGCAGUCUUCUGGAUUGAAUUUGUUAUGCGCCAUAAAGGAGCCAAACACCUUCGGGUUGCAGCCCAUGACCUCACCUGGUUCCAGUACCACUCUUUGGAUGUGAUUGGGUUCCUGCUGGCCUGUGUGGCUACUGUGAUAUUUAUCAUCACAAAAUGUCUGCUUUGUGUCUGGAAGUUUGUUAGAACAGGAGAGAAGGGAAAAAGAGAUUAA